AUGGCUUCGGAAUUUGAUAUUGCACGGGUUAGGACUCGUUUUCCUGCCUUGAAUGCAGAGCAGGUGUUCCUCGAUAAUGCAGGAGGCAGUCAGGUUUUGGACACUGUGAUUGAAUCGAUUACAUGUUACCUCUCUACCACCAAUGUUCAAUUGGGAGCGACGUAUGGUAUAUCUCGGGCAGCCACCGCCGCAUUUACUAAGGGCUACGAGGCGGCGGCGGAGUUUAUCAAUGCGAAUCCUGAUGAAGUUCGGAUCGCCGGCCGACUGGGCUUGCAGGUGAAGUGGUGGUCGGCAUCGGACCCAAGAAACCCUGUUUGUGAUUUGGAUGAGCUGAGCCAGUUGCUCUCCGAGAAGACGAGGCUCGUUGCUUGCCCACAUGCUUCGAACAUCACGGGGACAAUCACGAAGGUCAAGGAGAUUGCGAAGCUCGUCCAUCAGUAUCCACGAGUAGAUGUGAAGGAUCUCGAUGUCGAUAUUUAUGCGUUCUCUCAGUACAAAGUCUACGGGCCGCACAUUGCUCAGUUAUACGUCUCGUCUCGGAUUCAUAAUCAGAUCGACAGUCUUGGCCAUUUCUUCAAAGGCACAGACACGCUGGACUUGAAGCUCAAUCUAGCAUCCGCCAGCUACGAAGCGAUACAGAGUAUUCCUGCGAUCGCCUCUCAUGAAGAGAAACUACAGGCGAUACUGCUUGACUGUCUCAGAAGCGAGGAUCAGAUUACAAUCUAUGGGGAACCAUCAGCAAGCAAGGAGCUUCGCGUCCCGGUAAUCAGUUUCACAGUGCAAGGCAUCAAGAGCUCAAAGGUUAUCGAAGUAGUGGAGCUGCGAACGCGGUUUUGUUUCCGCCAUGGACAUAUGCACAGUCACCGGCUGUUAAACGAUAUCGUAGGCUUGGAGGACGUCGAAGACGGCGUGGUACGGUUCAGCAUGCUGCAUUACAAUACUGAGGAAGAAAUCAAUCUCCUGGUCGGGACCUUGAAAGAAAUCAUUAGUUCUCUGGUAUGCUCUACUGUGUAG